AUGCAUUUUGUUGAUUUACUUCAAAACAAAUCAAUUGAAAUAAAAGGAAGUGUUAGAGAAAUUACUGAAGAAGGGGUUAUAUUUGAAAAAAAUUCAGAAAUUCAAGAAUUUGAUGGAAUUAUUUUAUGUACUGGAUUUUCACAUGGACUGGAACAAUUCUUAGAUGAUACAAAUCAAUAUUUAAGUAAUCAUCGUUAUCAUCAGUUACCACCAGAAAAAUCAUCUUUACCAAUAACAGAUGGUAGAUGUAAAUCAAUAAUAAAAAACAAUUUAUAUUUUCCAGGAUUUGAUUAUGGAAUUAAUCAGAGAGUCGAUUUUGCAUUAUAUUCAUGGUAUGUUGGAGAACGAAUACUUAGUGAUAUUAUUGGAAAUGAUUUUACUCCUGAAUUAUCUCCUUCUAAAUUUAAAUAA